GGGAAGGAGUGGAAUCGGGGCUCGGAGAUGGCGGUGUCGGGCUCUUCGGCGAGCUUGAAAAGCAAUUAUGCCGUGUACAGGAAAAUUGAGUCUUUCUACACAGGAGGACCGAUUCAGAUUACCCAAGCUGGGGAUUAUAUGUUUUGUGCCUGUGGAAGCAAGGUCAAUGUAGUGGACAUUGCAACAGGAGAUGUCAUACACAGUAUUGAACAGGAUGACGAAACAGAGAUCACAGUAUUUGCCCUCAGCAGUGAUGAUGAAAUCUUGGUAACAGGAAGCCAAGCGCUACUGCUGAAGCAAUGGGACUGGCUAGGAAAUAAGUGCACACGGACAUGGAAGGCUGUGCAUACAGCGCCUGUGGCCAGCAUGACCUUUGACCCUUCUUCCACUUUAUUAGCCACAGGUGGCUGUGAUAGCACUAUCAAGAUCUGGGACGUUCCCCGGCAGUACUGCACACACAACCUGAAAGGCUCUUCCGGGGUUGUCCACCUCGUCAAAUUCCACCCGGACAUUUCUCACCCUCAGCUGUUCUCCUCCUCCAUGGACAACAGCAUCCGGCUUUGGGACCUGAAGUCCAGCCAGUGUGUCGGCCAGCUGGACAACCACUACAGCUUAGUCACCUCUCUUUCAUUCUGCCCCGACAACGAGACCCUCAUCAGUUCUGGCCGUGAUAAGAUUUGCACCGUGUGGGAUCUGAAAGCGAAAAAGGCCAGGAGCACCAUCCCUGUCUAUGAGACCAUUGAAUCUGUGGUCUUAUUACCAGAAGAACUGGAUUUAUCGAACUUGGGUGUGACUAAAUCAAGCACUCACUUUCUCACUGCUGGUAGCAAAGGGAUCCUCCGCAUGUGGGAUGCAGACACAGCUACCUGCGUGCACAGCCAGUCCCUGCCCCAUCUGCCAGCUGAGUCCAAAGUGGAGGUGAUUGGACAGCACAGCCUCAUGCAUUGCAGUCUAGUGCCAACAAAAAGUGAAGUAGUUGCUGUGAACGUUGAGCGCAACAUCUGCUUGUAUGAUGCACAGACGCUUGAUCUCAAGAAACAGUUUUCAGGUUAUAACGGAGAAGUUUUGGAUGUCCGGUUCCUGGGACCAAAGGACUCACACAUAGUUGUAGCGACCAAUAGCCCCCAGCUGAAAGUAUUUGAGUUGUCAUCUUCAAACUGCCAGAUUCUGCAAGGCCAUUCAGAUAUUGUUCUUGCCUUGGAUGUCUUCCGAAAGGGGAGGUUAUUUGCUAGCUGUGCAAAGGAUAAGACCUUCCGGAUUUGGCGGAUGGCAGAAGACGGCGAGGUUUUCUGCGUGGCUCAAGGGCUGGGCCACACGCAUCAAGUGGGUGCCCUUGCGUGUUCCAAAACAAAAGAGAAUUUUCUGCUCACAGCCAGCCAAGACCGCACAAUCAAAGUGUGGAUUCUUCCUAAAUUGCCCACCGUCAAACAAGAAGAGAACCAGGUCGUGGUGUUGCAGCCUGUCAAAACAGAAGUGGCACAUGAUAAAGACAUUAAUAGUGUGGCAGUGUCUCCAAAUGACAAGCUGAUCGCCACAGGUUCCCAGGACAAGACAGCCAAGCUGUGGAACUGUGAAGAUUGUGUCCUACUCGGAAUCUUCUCUGGACACAAACGGGGCAUCUGGUGUGUGCAGUUCUCCCCAGCAGACCAGGUCUUGGCCAGCUCUUCAGCAGAUGGGACUGUGAAAAUCUGGGAUCUGCAGGACUUCAGCUGUCUGAAGACUUUUGAAGGUCAUGAUGCCUCUGUGUUGAAGGUCAUCUUUGUGAGCGGAGGAGGACAGGUGCUUAGCAGUGGUGCCGAUGGACUCCUGAAACUCUGGACAAUCAAAAACAAUGAGUGUGUGAAGACCUUAGAUGCCCACGAGGAUAAAGUAUGGGGCUUGCACGCUAACAAGAAAGAUGACAUCCUGGUGACUGGCUCCACUGAUUCACGGGUCUUGUUGUGGAAGGAUGUCACUCAAGCAGAACUUGAAGAAGAGCAAGCAAAGCAAGAGGAACAGAUCCUGAAAGAGCAAGAGCUGGCUAAUUUGCUGCACAAGAAGCAGUUCCUGGAAGCCCUGGGCUUGGCGAUCUCCCUGGACCGGCCUCAUACGGUGCUGACGGUGGUCAAGGCCAUUCUCAAGGAGGCCAGUGGAAAAGAAGACUUGGCAAAGAACUUGAUGAAGUUGCGGAAGGACCAAAAAGAGGCUGUUCUGAAGUUUUCCACCACUUGGAACACCAACACACGGAACUGCCACGAGGCCCAGGCAGUGGUCGAAAUCCUCCUCAAGCAUGAAAGUCCAGAGGAUCUCUUGAAGUACGAAGGGAUCAAAACUGUGGUGGAGUCUCUCCUGCCCUACACAGAACGCCACUACCAGAGGCUGGGGCGGUUACUCCAAGCCUCCAUGUUCCUCGAUUUCAUGUGGCAAAACAUGAGGCUGGCUGAGGCUCCAAGGUGGGAUGAAGAGAUGGAUACAUGACUACUGAAGCUCAUCUGGCAGUUACUUGCUCACGUCGCAAAACAGGUUGACACUCCCUCACCAGCAAUGUUUUAAAGAAUGUUUUAUAUAAUAAAUGUUUAUUUGUAUAAAUAAA